CCUGCUUUUUCCUGACUUUAAAUCCCGCUGGCGAGUGCAGGUACAGAAAGCCGGGAGAGAUUGGCAAUGCAGUGUGACAGCAAGUACCAAAAGUUCUUGCUUUUUGUAAUUCCCUUGUUUUGGACUCGGUUCUGCUCAGCAGACCUGAAGCUGGGAAUUUAACAAGCCUCGAUUUUGAAAAUGCCUCCCACUUACUGCUCUUUGAAUUUGAUAAAUGGCCUUCCAGAGCUGAGGAGUACCUAACAGCGAGACAAGUCAAUAAGGAAAAGGCAAGUUUCAGGAUUCAAACUCUGCUAAAAGAUGUUCUCCUUUCACCUUAUGGAAACAGUACUGUUAAGCAAGCUGCAGUUGCUUUUUGGUUUGUUUAUUUUCAAGAUGUGUGACAAAGUGAUAUGACUUUCACAAAGUGAUAUGACUUUUAAACUCUUCUGACUGAUUAAAGCCAGCAAGCAGCAGCAAAAUUAAAGCAGUACAUUUUAUUCAAGGAUUUUCAAAGACGAAAGUUGUCUUCUGAGAAGAGCAAAGUGGGACAAUGGCAUCUGGAGAAUGCCUUCUGCUAGACCUAGAAACAGAUAACUUCAUUCUCUACAACAUCUCUGUCAACCAGAGUGCAAACCUCUCCCUCCUCGGUGACGACUGGUUCUACCCAGCGUUCCUCUACGCCAUCCCCACCAUCUACGGGAUCAUCAUUUUGAUAGGCCUUAUUGGCAAUAUCACUUUGAUUAAGAUCUUCUGUACCGUGAAAUCCAUGAGAAAUGUCCCUAAUUUGUUCAUCUCCAGUUUGGCUCUGGGAGAUCUGCUGCUUUUAGUGACUUGCGUGCCCGUGGAUGCCAGCAGGUACCUUGCUGACGAGUGGCUCUUCGGCAGGACUGGAUGCAAACUUAUCCCCUUCAUACAGCUCACUUCUGUAGGGGUGUCAGUCUUUACUCUCACUGCUCUCUCGGCUGACAGGUAUAAAGCUAUAGUAAGGCCGAUGGAGAUCCAAGCAUCCCAUGCACUGAUGAAGAUUUGUGUGAGAGCUGCUAUAAUCUGGAUUGUAUCCAUGUUGCUUGCCAUCCCUGAAGCAGUGUUUUCAGAUCUGCACCCUUUCCAUGACAAAGGGACUAAUAAAACCUUUGUCAGCUGUGCUCCUUAUCCGCAUUCUGAUGGGCUGCAUCCCAAAAUUCACUCAAUGGCAUCAUUUCUGAUUUUUUAUAUCAUUCCCCUAUCUGUCAUUUCAGUAUAUUAUUAUUUCAUUGCUAAGAAUUUGAUCCGGAGCGCUUACAACAUCCCUGUGGAAGGAAACGUGCAUGUGAGGAAACAGAUUGAAUCCCGUAAGCGCCUGGCCAGGACAGUACUGGUCUUUGUGUGCCUCUUUGCCUUCUGCUGGCUUCCCACUCACAUCAUCUAUUUAUACCGGUCCUACCACUACUCAGAGGUGGACACCUCAGUGCUGCAUUUCAUCGCCAGCAUCUGUGCUCGGAUCCUGGCAUUCACUAACUCUUGUGUCAACCCAUUUGCUCUCUACUUGCUCAGCAAGAGCUUUCGGAAACAGUUCAACAACCAGUUGUUCUGCUGCAGAGCUCGCCUCCUCAUCCGGUCCCAGAGCAUGGCCAGGAGCACCACACGAAUGACCUCCCUCAAGAGCACCAACCAUUCCCUGGCCACCUUCAGCCUUAUCAAUGGCAACCAUGUCUGCCAUGAAGGCUAUGUCUAAAGGGCACAGUUAGGGACCGCCACAUCACGUACCUAGCGCGGGUGCUUGGGUUUUUGCUCUGUGGGGAUGGUGAGUAGUGCACACACGUGUGCAUGCACAAGUGCAUGCAAGGAAGUCUGAUGUGCUCAGAGAACUCAGAGGAGCUUGAAGCAUCCGUUUCAUCCUGGGCUGAGGUUGAAGCAUCCAACAUUUCAUCCCGGACUGAGGCAUCACCAGAGCAGCACAUCAUUGAGCACCAGGCCACAGGAACUCCCUGGGAAGUGCUGCGUUGCUUCAAGACCUGCUGCUUUUAAUGAGAGCAAAGUGAGCAUCUUAAGAUCAAAUCUAAUUUGGCUCUGCAGGUUCUUCAUCACUUUCUGCUCAAUCCCAAACUCGGGCAGACUUACAGCAGUGACAAAGACCAUACCAGGUGCACAAAAUUUGUCAGAACAGUUGCAUCCAGCAGUUCAUGGUAUAAUAUAUUUUGACACCAAAAUAAAUCCAUUUAAAUAAGGUAAAUACUUUUACAAAGGAGUUCAGUGUAGGUCAUUUACAGACUCUGCAAGUAUUUAUUAAUGUUCUGAGUACAGUAUUAAUUCAUGGUAUGAAUAUCAAGAUAUCAAGAGUUUACUGGGGCACAUUGGUGGUCCCAUCUGAAAUGAGCAGUAUCUUGCACCACAUCAAUGUGAAAGCAGUAACGUGAAUAAAUGUGAGUUGGAAUAUGUUUACAGUUUUCAAAUGUGUGAGCUUUUGCCAUGUUGUGGAGGAGACAACAGGGCAUUUUCCAAGCAUUACUGUUUUGCUCUUCCUGUCUUCAAGGUGUGACUUAGCGAAUGUUUCAUCCCCUAAGGGGUGCCACGGAAUUUUAUUUGGGUUUGGCUAAGGGCAGGCAAUUAACAGAAAAUUAAGCCCAGCUAUUUUUCAUGCAUUAGUGCAUUGUAAAACACCCUAGUUUUUUCAGUAAAAGCUAUCAGCAAUGCAAGGUCCAACCCCCAGGUUUUUUCCUUCUAUCUUCACAGAAAUCUGUGGAGAUAGAGUGCCAAAACUGGCUAACAGAUUGGAGAAUCAGGUCUUCGGUAAUGUUCACUCCAGAGCAGUUCCUGUGUCAGGUAUCAGCUAUUCUGGAAACAGGAGCAGAGUGUCCUGCAGAUAACAAACUCUUGAAGCGCAUGGGCUAUAGGACAGGCAAUGAAGCUGCACACCUGAUAAAGAAGCUGCUGCAAAAUGAGGCCAUAAACCAAUCACUGUAGCAGAAUAUUGAGUUUUUAAUGGCCCUCAUCCUCUUUGAUGAUGAUCCUUUUCCUUACCGUGACAAAAGAAAAAAGAAAGCUAGUAAAACUUUGUGUUGGUCUUGCUCUGUGAAUGUAGAAAAAGUCAUGUGUGCAGUGUAAAAACACUCAGCCCUGCAUCUGCGGCUGCCCAGGGAUGCUGGUGGGAGCUGCUGUCUCCUGGGACUGCAAAACGGCCGCAAUGCCCAAGGCAGAGCUCUGAAAACUCUAACUGAUUUUGGCUUUGAGAGCGGUGCCCGCUGGGUGAGGUUCAACAAGCAGGUACGUGAGCUCAGGAUGUGGCCACACCACCAUGCUGAUGUGCUGCUAAGGGCAGCCCUGCCUUGUCUGCCCCCCCGUCCUGGGCCACCACCGCCUGGGCCACCCUCUCCUGCUCCCACACCCCAAUCAGCCUGAAAACUAAUGUGGUGGGGUUAUUUUACAGCUGGGUCAAUUCCCUUGCUUAGCUGACUGUGUAGCUAUGGCAUUAAUUUCUGUUUACUGGGCUAUCUGAGGUCCUAAUUUACUAAAAUUUUCAGCAGAAGGGCGCUUUCCCUGAUCUUUAACAUGAAGCCACAGGCAGUACCAGAAGCCCAGUCUGUGACCAUUUCAGAGAGUUUGGUCGAGUUUCGAGCUGUUUAUGACAUUUCAAAAUGAGAAAAAAUUAUCCAGCCUGAGAUAUUUCUACUAAAUAUUUUCUUCAGCCUUGUAAGAAUUUAAUCGAAGGCAAGUAGGAAUUACUUACUUCAACAGCAGCCACAGCAUCUGUGCUACGUGAUGUGUCCUCCUGUUCAGUAACAAACAACAGACUACUGUUGCUCUACAAGAGGCUCCAAUAGUUUCUGAAUUUUUGUUUCUGAGGGAGAAGGGAAAAGCACAGCUAUGAUGUGAGAAAAUCAUAAAUAUAGGGAAAAGUACAUUGCUAUAGCUCCCUCAGGGCUAAGCUGAAUACAGACCCUGCCUCCCUGAGAAAGAUGCUGUUUUGAACACAGGAGAGUUAUGAAGAUAUGGCAUCAUGGGAUUAAAUAAGUGCUAUUGAUUUUAUCCUUUUCUUCCCAACAGAGCUAGUGACUCCUCUGAGGACAGGAAAGAUGGUUUUGGCUCUGAUUUGGAACGUGCUUUCCAGAAAUGCAGCUGCAAGUGUCCACAUGUGUCACAGCCUCACCAUUGCUUAAUUUGCUCAGUCUUCCUUUUCUCUUUGUUUUUGGAGCUGAUGGGCAAAAAUUUAGGGGGAGUUCCAUGCAAAAUGGAAUCCUUUCAUCAGAAUCUAAGAUACCUUCAACUUCUUUUAAUUUUUGGAAACCUAGACCAAGCCUUUUCAGAUGAGAGAUACAUUUUCAUUAACAUUCUUCAUUUGAUUCAGAUCCCUGGUGCCCCUCCCCCCCCCUUAAUAUUUUUAAGACAAUUAGGUGGUUCUGUGAAAAAAAAAAAAAAACCACAUUGAAAAAAGGUUCCUUGCAAAAAGUAUUUUGGGAUGUAUUUCACAAACUUGCGGUCAUUUUUUAAUACCAUAGAAAGAGCAAAUCUGAGGUUGGAAUUGUUUCUUUUUCAUCCUCAUAUUAAAAUAAUGAAAAACGUCAAUGCAGCAGUUGAAGUCAGAGAAGGAAGAUUCAAUAAAGUUUUCUGAAAUAUCUCAGCAUAUAAUUGAAAUAUUUGUAGCUGUAAUUGGUUUUUUGUUUCUCGCUCCUUGUCUCAUUACCUUGGCUUCAAAAACACGAUGUACUUCACACUGCUGCAGCAGCCUCAUCCCUUAACUAGAGCUGUCUCGGUGUUUGCUGGCACACCCGCAGCGCGGAUUCUUUCAACCUGGAGCGUUGUCUGCGGCGUUUCAUGUGUUUGAUAAGUUUUCAAAGCACCCAAG